UCUGUCUGUCCGUCUGCAUUGGCUUUCGCGCAGGCGCUCGGACGCCAUUUCCGGGUGCGACAUGUAAUACUGUAUAAAUACGCUGACCUACUCGAUCGUCGCUAGAAUACGCAAAACCAAUGAUUCCCAUAUGUCCUGUUGUAUCCUUCACCUAUGUGCCCAGCCGGCUUGGUGAAGAUGCCAAAAUGGCUACCGGCAACUACUUUGGAUUCACUCAUGGUGCUGCCGCACAGUAUAGUCAGCAGCCAGCUGCCGGGGUAGCAUACACCCACCCAACAACGGUGGCCAGUUAUACAGUUCAUCAAGCACCUGUGGCAGCUCACACUGUGGCAGCAGCCUAUGCUCCCACAGCAGCAACCGUAGCUGUUGCUCGGCCUGCGCCUGUCGCAGUGGCUGCUGCGACUGCUGCAGCAUACGGGGGAUACCAGCCAACCCAUGCUACAGCUGACUAUGGCUACACUCAGCGGCAGCCUGAAGUUCCGCCACCACCACCACCCGUCACCUCACAAAACUACCAGGACUCCUACUCCUAUGGCCGGUCCACAGCUUCUGCUGUGGCAUAUGACAGCAAGCAGUACUACCAACAGCCAACUGCAACUGCAGUGGUUGCAGCUGCUGCUCAGCCCCAACCUACUGUUGCAGAGUCCUACUAUCAAACAGCCCCAAAACCAGGGUAUAGUCAGGGGGUAACAUCAUACACCCAGACCCAGCAGACUCGCCAGGUGACGGUCAUAAAGCCAGCUGCACCCAGUCCCGCAACAUCCUCUUUUUCCAUCUACCCUGUGACCUCCACUGUGCAGCCCGUGGCUGCUGCCGCCUCUGUGGUCCCAUCAUAUUCUCAGAGUCCAACUUACAGCACAAAUGCUGUCACCUACUCUGGAACCUCAUAUUCAGGAUAUGAAGCAGCGGUCUAUUCAGCAGCCUCAAGUUACUACCAACAACAGCAGCAGCACCAGAAACAGGCGGUGGCUGCUGCAGCUGCAACUGCAGCAUGGACUGGAAACACUUUCACGAAGAAACCACCUUUUCAGAAUAAGCAGCUCCGACCCAAGCAGCCACCAAAACCCCCCCAAAUCCACUAUUGUGACGUUUGUAAGAUCAGCUGUGCUGGGCCUCAGACUUACAAGGAACACCUGGAAGGCCAGAAGCACAAAAAGAAGGAAGCAGCACUCAAGGUUUCGCAAAACAGUAACAGUAGCAGCGGUAGUGGGUUAUUGGCCCGAAGUUCUCAAAAUCAACUCCGCUGUGAGCUUUGUGAUGUUUCCUGCACUGGUGCAGAUGCUUAUGCUGCCCAUAUUCGGGGGGCCAAACAUCAGAAGGUUUUGAAGCUUCAUACCAAACUUGGAAAGCCAAUUCCCUCCACUGAACCCAGCAUGGUGACUCAAAGUUCAUCUUCAACCACAUCUGCCCCAAGCAAAACCAUCACUUCAACAUUAAACAGUUCCUCUACCAGCACCAGCUCUCUUGGUGUGGCUGCUUCUUCAUCCGGUACUGCAUACCUAAAACCUGUCAGCCUGGUCAGCGCAAUUGGUGCCAAGAACCAACUUGUGAGCAAUUUGUCUGCUUCCAACUCUACCACGCCUGGAAAGAAAGUCAACACCACCAAGAUUAAUUUUGUUGGUGGUACUAAAUUGCAAACCACAGUGAAGACUGAAGAGUGCAAAGGCGAGACCCCCAAGACUGCAAUGUCCUCCUCAGCUGCUGUAGAUGUCAAUACAGAGGUUUCAGAAUCUCUAUCUGCAUCGACCCUGGCUGCACUGCAGAGUGAUGUCCAACCUGUUGGACAUGACUAUGUUGAAGAGGUCCGAAAUGAUGACGGCAAAGUGAUCCGCUUCCAUUGCAAGCUCUGUGAAUGUAGUUUCAACGAUCCAAAUGCAAAAGAAAUGCAUUUAAAGGGACGGAGGCAUCGCCUGCAAUACAAGAAAAAGGUCAACCCAGAUUUGCAGGUGGAGGUGAAGCCUAGCAUCAGAGCAAGGAAGAUUCAAGAAGAAAAGAUGAGAAAGCAGAUGCAAAAAGAGGAAUACUGGAGAAGACGAGAGGAAGAGGAACGUUGGCGAAUGGAAAUGCGGCGAUAUGAAGAAGACAUGUAUUGGAGACGUAUGGAAGAAGAACAGCACCACUGGGAUGAGCGCCGUCGUGGACCAGAUGGAGGGUAUCCACAGGGUCCACCUGGCCCUCCGGGUCUUCUCGGAGUUCGACCUGGUAUCCCAGGUUUACAGCCACAGGGUCCUCUGCACCUUCGGCGACCUGACUCUUCAGAUGACCGCUAUGUCAUGACCAAGCAUGCGUCCAUCUACCCCUCAGAGGAGGAGCUGCAGUCUAUUCAGAAAAUUGUGUCAAUCACAGAGCGGGCCCUCAAGCUGGUUUCAGACAUAAUAACAGAUGAGGAGAAGAUCAAGGAAGAUGAUGACGACGAAAAGAAAGAAACACCAAAAGAUAGGUGUGACAUCGACAGAGCCCUGAAGGGUGUGAUGAGAGUGGGAGUCCUGGCAAAAGGGUUACUUCUUCGGGGUGACAAGAAUGUCAACUUAGUCCUGCUCUGCUCGAAGAAGCCCACCAAAAGUCUCCUUACACAAAUCGUGGAACUCCUCCCUAAACAGCUAACAAUAGUAGCACCAGAAAAAUAUGAUGUUAAAGGGUCGCUCCAAGAAGCAGCCAUCAUUCUUUCAUCCUGUACAGAGCCAAAGAUGCAAGUGACCAUCACUUUGACUUCACCUGUAAUCAGAGAGGAAAAUGGCCGGGAUGGAGAUGUAACUUCGGGUUUGGUGAAAGACCCAGCGGACGUCUUGGACAGGCAAAAAUGCCUUGACGCUCUGGCUGCUCUGCGCCACGCUAAGUGGUUCCAGGCUAGAGCAAAUGGACUGCAGUCAUGCGUGAUCAUCAUUCGGGUACUCCGAGACCUCUGUCAUCGAGCUCCAACCUGGUCGUCCUUCCCAGGAUGGGCCAUGGAGCUGCUUGUGGAAAAGGCCAUCAGUAGUGCCGCUGCACCGCUUAGCCCAGGCGAUGCAUUAAGGCGUGUCUUCGAAUGCAUUUCAUCUGGGAUUUUACUCUCUGGUGGGCCUGGACUGAUGGAUCCAUGUGAAAAGAGUGCUGUCGAUACCCUGGAAGCCAUUGGAGAGCAGGAAAGAGAGGACAUAACCUUAAGUGCCCAGGUUGCGCUGAGGCUGUUGGCAUUCCGUCAUGUUCAUAAGGUUUUGGGCAUGGACCCUCUGCCGCAGACGAACACUCGUUUCGUUGUCAACAGCAGUCGCAAGCGUCGCCAUGAGAACAGUGACGGGGGAGACAGCUUUGAGGGUGAAGGCAAAAAGGAUAAGAAGGAUUAUGAUAUUUUGUAAGCUUCACAGUUGCAACAUGUUAGAGAAAAAGUUGUACUCACCUGUCUAAAAUGGGGUUCACCAUCUACUGUGUGUACUGGCUUAGCUACAAUAAAAAGUUUUUUUUCCCUUUUUUUUAAUUAUGCUAUAAAUGCACCGGUGUAAUUCCAACCUCACUUGUAAUAGAGAAAGAAAACUGUCUUGGUGUAUUGGUUUUAGUUGUAGAUUUCUUAAUGGUUGGGUUCCAUCUGUACAAGUUAGAGCAGUUUUUUUUAACCUGAAAAAGUUAUAUUAUUAAGUUUUGUGAUAUUGUCAAAUGUUGGUGACAUUGGCUUUCUUAACAAUGCGCUGUUACUUCCCUUUGCUUGCUUUGAUGUGGUGAAGAGAAAUGUUUUAUUCUAUUGUGCAUCAGGAGGCAAGGGGGUUAUUCAUUCAUUUGUACGGUUCUGUUCCAAGAUGAAUUUUUUUUUUUUUUUUUUUGGCUACUGAGACACAUUAAUCUGGCCAAUUCACUCUUCUAAAGGGUCUUGAAGUAUGGAAUUGCUGCUUGUAUAAUCUUAAAUAGAUGGAGAGACUUUGAUUUGUGGAAAGCAUGACUAUUCUGAAUGCAUAUAUUGGAAUUGGAAAUGUAUUUUUCCUCAAGAAAGUUAGUCUUGUCACCCUUUUGUUGUCUUGGCUAAGUGCUAUAUUCAAUGCUGGAAGUAAAACAAAUCCUGUUAGGAAAGGGAAGGAUGGUCAUAUACCUCCCUCUGUUUGACGUGUUCUGAACGCUUGUGUUCUGACAUGCUUCCUGCUGUGCAAUUCCAGGAGCACAAUAAAUUUACAGAUUUAAGAGCUA